AUUAAAUAUAAUAUCGAUUUUGAACAUAAAUAUCCCGACGUUUCUAUAGUUGAAUUGGCUAUAAACUCCGUCUGAUAUUUAAAUUCCGAAUCGGAAAUUAAUCAGUUAUUGUUUUGAAUCUCGGAUAUCUAUAAAAGGCGAUUGAUUUGAAUUGUGUAAAUUAUUACGCCUCGCCCAAUAUUAAUUUUUUUUUCAAGGACCCAACAUAUUUCCGUAUUACCCUCUAAGUGUCUACAUAAAUAAUAAUUUCAUAUUCCACGAAAUAGAUAAGUGAAAUAAACAAAAUGAACAUAAACCGAUACCACAAGCACAUUACUGAUGUAAAACUCACUGAAACACAUUUAUUAAGGAAUCGCUACAAUUCAACACUUUUAAUAAAGUUUAAUUUAGAAUAGCAGGAAGUACUCAAUAUUUUGUGUGUCAAUAGGAACAAGGAAGUGGAACACAUCUGAUUAAGUUAAUAUGCUUUUGUCUCUUUCAAUGUAGAUAUAUCAAACAUGAAUACAUGUUACGUUUUCCCUUUAAUUCUAUGCCUUGUGUUACCACCUGUUUUUAAUAUGUCCAGCUGUGAUGGAAAUAAUGGAUGCUGCCUCAACUACUACUGGAAUGAAAUCUUUCAGAAUUGUUCAGAAUGUCCAGCUGGAUUCACGGGACUGAAUUGUUCAGUUAUGUGUGGGUAUCCGAGCUACGGAGAAAAAUGUGAGAAGUCUUGUGAAUGUCUCCAGGAAGAUUGCAAUUUUCAAUUAGGUUGUCUACAUGUGACUUCUGCAAAUUUUGAACUUACAGCGUUAUAUUCCUCAACAUUUUAUGUGAAAGUGAAUUGGACGGACUGGAUUGAAAAGAAGAACAAAAAUAAUUCAAAAGAAAACAUCUCGAGUUUAAACAUUUUGUCUUUAUGUAUCCUCAUAAUGUUUGUAAUAAUUGUGAUAAUUUUGGGCAUUGCUCGAUUAAGAAAGUAUAUCUCGAAACGAAAUCUCAAUCACAGUGAAGAAAUACACCAGAAUGAAAGUCAUUACCAGGAAAUACCAAAUGAUCUUGUUCUUACGUCCAUCACUGUUGACAAAGUAGGAUGUAGUGAUGAUCAAACAUGAACAAAAAGGAACAUACAUUUAUUUUUGAUAAUAUUAUUGUGAUUUUCUACAGAUCAAAUGAAUUAAAUGCAAAAUUGAUAACCAGGAUUAAAUUAGUCAUGUUAACCAAGUGUUAUCUUCUGUGUUU